AUGAUGCAAGAAAAGGCUCUGAGCGUCUGCUCCUCCUCCUCUCUCAGGGUGGACUACGAGAGGAUCAAAGCCAUUGGUCCGGAUCGAGCCGCAGCAGAGUGGCUCCUGAGAUGCGGAGCCAAAGUGAGGUUUCAGGGUUUCGAGCGCUGGCACUACGACUACAACGGACUGCCAACUGGGCCUCUGGGCAGAUACAAGAUCCAGGGUAUCGACGCCACAGAGUCCUGCAUCAUGUACCGAGGGUUUGACCACCUGGAUGGCUUGAAGCAUUUGGAGGAAAUCAAGUUGAACAAGUGUAUCUACAUCGAGGACACCUGCCUGGAGAGGCUGAGCUCCAUCCAGAGUCUGCAGGAGAGUCUGUUCAUGAUGGAGGUGGUGUCGUGUGGGAACGUGACCGAUAAGGGUCUCAUCGCUCUGCACAAGCUCAAGAAGCUGGAGUAUCUGUUUCUCAGUGAUCUCCCCGGCGUCACCGACAGUCAGACGACAGUGGACAGACUAAAGACGGCUCUGCCACGUCUGGACGUCGCUCUGGAUCUGGACUGAGUGUUUGAGGUCAGGUUUUACUUGAAACCUGACCUCAAAGUAGGACUGUAGAGUAAACAUAUAGAUCCUGGAUGUACAUGAGAGUCAUAGUGAGCUGAGCGGGGAAACACGUCCAGCAGAGAGAAGCACUUUAAUGUGGAAACCUGGAGAUUGAACUCUUCUGUUUAUUUUAUUUUCAUCAUGUCAGGUAUGAAAUGUUACUCCACAUGUAGAUACAGAGAAAAACAAAACGCUGAGGACUUCAGAGUGUCUCUUCUUUUCUGUACAUCAGUUUGGCAUUCAUUGACAGAUGGCUGUGAACAUCCUUAGCACCAAAGAUCCAGAAAUAACAAGUCAGACGUGGUGAUUCUGUUAAACGCUCAUAAAUAUGGGAAUGUUAUUCACUCCUAAUGUCAAUAAAUAUCCUCAGAAGUUCUGAGAAGUCAUGAAAAAAGA